AUGGAUACAUCAAGAGCACAAGGUACAGAGCCUGAGAAGGUCUCGAUCUCGCCGUUGCUCAAGCGUCUGGCGUAUCCAGAUGCCACUUGCAUUAAGGCGUCUGCCGGUGAAAUUGCUGCUGCCUUUGCACUCAUCUUCGAGGACAGGCUGUCGGCGAUUCAGACUGCGGCAUUGCUCACACUUCUACACUCAACGGGGCUGGAUAAGGACCCUGAUGUCAUUGCUCAAUGUUCCCACCGGAUGAGAGAAGCUGCCACACCAACGGAGAAAGGGCCGUUGCUUGAAGUGCUCGAGAAACGUGGGCGAAAAGAAGGAUCGUACAAUGGCGGGCUGUGUGACAUCGUUGGAACUGGCGGCGACCACCACUCCACGUUCAACAUUUCCACGACUUCCUCCAUCGUCGCAUCACCCUUCCUUAUGACCGCUAAACAUGGCAACAGGGCCCAGACAUCAUUCUCUGGGUCCGCAGAUGUCCUCAUGCACGUUGCUCCUACCGCACCAAAGAUCGAAGCUGUCAACUCGGGGAACCUGGCCAAGGUUCUCGAACAAACUAAUUAUGCCUUCCUAUUCGCUCCUGUCUUCCAUCCUGGAAUGAUGUAUGCCAAUCCAGUCAGGAGAGGGCUGGGUCUGAGGACCAUAUUCAACCUUAUGGGGCCCCUGGCCAACCCUGUCGACUGGGCAAUUGAAGCUCGAGUCGUCGGUGUAGCGUACCAAGCUCUUGGACCUGUGUUCGCUGACGCUCUCCGCCUAAGUGGCGUGACCAAGGCAAUGGUCGUGUGUGGUGAAGAAGAUCUGGACGAGAUAAGUUGUGCCGGCAAAACAAAUGUCUGGAGAAUCGUUGAAUGUGAUGCUUCCGAAGCUACUCCAGUCACGCCGACUCAAGCGUACGAUGAGGAAGGAAACGAGCGUGUGCUGAAGCCAACCAAAAUCGAAAAAUUCUCAGUUGAGGCUGCGGACUUUGGCCUGCCUGCUCACCCGCUGUCAGAAGUUGGUGGUGGUAAAGGGCCACAGGAGAAUGCAGUCAAGUUAAUCAGCAUCCUACGUAACGAGUUGCCUCGGGACGACCCUGUCUUGCACUUUGUGUUGAUGAAUGUUGCUGGACUCUUGGCUAUAUCUGGAAUCUGUGAGGCUGACACCAGCAACAUGGGCCCCGGAGAUGACGGUAAGGUGGUCACCGAACGCGGGCCUGGUGGGCUCAGAUGGAAGGAAGGCCUGAGACGUGCCCGCUGGGCCAUCGAGAGUGGCGAGGCAUAUAAAUCCUUCGAGCAAUUUAUCAAAGUGUCCAACACAUUUUAG